UUGGCCGGGUCGGGUGCUGCGCAGGCAUAGCGGAGUGGAGCAAGAGCAAGAGCAGAAGCAGAGGCAGUGCCAGUGCCAGUGCCAGUGGUAGAGCCGAAUCCAGAAAGAGAGCCAGUACCAUCGGCAGCUGUAGUGGCGUCAAGAGUGAGCCGUGCACCAGCCACGCCGCUCUAAACGCAUUUGCUGAAUUACGAGUUGACGUUACGAAUCGUUUCUCUUCGAUUUAAGGAGAUCUAUGUGACAGAUAGAUAGAUAGAUAGAGAGAUAGAGUGAGAUAGAGAGAUAGAGAGAGGGAGAGGGAUAGAGAGAUAAAGAUAGAAAGAAGAAGAAGAAGAAGAAGAAGUAGAAAGAAACAGAAAGAGAAGAAGAGAGAAGAGAGAGAAAGAGGAAGAGAGUGAGAGAGAGAGAGAGAGAGAGAGAGAGUUAUAUGUACAUAUAGACAGAGUUAAAUAUAGGAGUAUAGACAAAGGAUCAAAGCAGCGAAGAAUUAGAAAUUGAGAGUGAAACGAAAAGUACUUAUCAUCGGGAAUCGCUUUGUGAAUGAUUGUCGGAUUGUUUUAAUAUUCUAUCGAGGAUAGAUAGAACGAAGAUAACCGAAGAGUGAGAAAACGAACAUAUCGUUAUUAUUAUUUGUGAUCUGUUCGGUUUUUUUAUAAGUGUUUUCAUAUUAUAACGUACAGUGGAACUUACAUACACAAAUGUGAGAACUGUGAGAAAAGCUUUUGACUUGUCGUUGUCCAGCAGGAAGAUCAACAAAGUUGCAUACCCGGUUGUCAAGCGAGUGCUAACUACUUCGGUGAACUAUUCUAUGACUGGUAUUUGUAUUUGUGGAGAAUCUCCUGAUACCUGAUUGGUGGUGCGAACGUGGUUGGUACACAUAAGCGAGGCGUUCAACGUGGCCGAUCAUUGGACAUGGUGAGGGGGCAUGUUGGUGUGCCGGCGGUUGCUGCUGAUCGCAGCCGCGAUCGCGGCCUCGAUCGAGGUUGGCUCCGCUAGUUAUCGCUCGAGCAUAUCCUCGGACAACUCCGGCAAUCCUGGAACGACGUCGUCCGAGGUAUCCUCUAGCAGCCCGGAAACGAGCGGCUCGCCGACCGAAAUCGCCGAGACGAUCGUUUGCAGACCGUCCGAGUAUCUUUGUGGUACUGGCCAGUGUGUCGCACAGGACAAAUAUUGCGACGGCGAAAAUGACUGCGGCGACAAGUCGGACGAGCCAAGAUACUGCACGCCAUGCAACCGAACGCUAUACGGUGACGUCGGUCGGACAUACAGAAUGGAAGUCCGUCGGCCGAGGAAGGAUCGACUGCCAUUCUUGUGUCACCUCAACUUCACUGCCGCCGGCUCCGAUCUUGGUGAUCUAGUUCAGUUAACGUUCGACACAUUUACGGUCGGUCGAUUUCUAUCUUUCACGUCAGAAGGAUGCCCGGAUGGUUUCAUGAGUAUUCGCGAAGAGGGUCGUCCAGCGACAGGUGGACAAUGGUGCGGCAGUGCUUGGGGUUACACCGUUUACUACAGCGAAACAUCCUCCAUCAAUCUCACUCUUUACUUGCAACGCUUGCCCGAGGAGGGGAUCGGUUACAACUUCGACUUCCAACUGUCGUACAAGUUUCUCAGACGGAGCGAAGCACAUCUGAGGUACGGAAACACAAGUAUGGCCACUUGGCGGGGUGAACUGGUAAAUGGUACCUACUGUGAUCGUGUAUUAACCAAAUGCGACACUCGUGCCUGCCGGCUUCAGUCACCAAACUAUCCUGGCGUUUAUCCCAGGAACGUCACCUGUUACUAUCGCGUAGAACAGAAUCGUGCACCUCCUGGGCACAGAGCACUUCUUGCUGUCAGUCAACGGAACAGCCAUAAGAUACACAUCAAGGAUCAGAUCGUCAAAUACGACAGGAGUCAACGUAUACUUAGAGUUUGGGAUCAGUGCAACGUAGUACAAGAUUACUUAACUGUGUACGACGGUGGUUCCACCUCCGACAGGGUCCUCGUGAGAUUGUGCGGCGGUGACGCAGUGCCGGAUAUUGUCAGUAGUCACAACACAAUGCUUUUGGAAUUUCACACCUCGCCAUACGAUAAUCCGUUUCACCCUGUUCCUUUGUCGUUCCUUCCAGGAUUCGAGCUUGAAGUUCAGGUGCUAUUCGUCGACGAGAAAUCCCGAAGCUUCGUGAAGGAGAACGACAACUGCGACUUUUAUAUAUCGAGCGACGAAAGCUCGUUGGGAAUACUGGAGAAUCCGAAACAUUCUCUACCGCCGAACACUACUUGUCGUUAUCACUUUCAAGGGAAACUAAACGAGAUAGUUUGGCUUUCGUUCGUGAAGUAUUACGCAGCCAGUGCUGAACUUGCCGCGAAUCUUCACACAGGUGCCGAUUGUAACGCUAAGUUGCUGAUAUGGGAUGGCGAUCAUGCUUCGAAUAAGCUUGUUACAAAUCGUAAGAACAUCACACUGAUGGGCCAAUUUUGUAAGGAUGACAUUCCACGACUAUGCGAUCAUAGUCUUCUACGUAAUAGCAGUCGUCACACGCGUCCUUGCAGUCUGACCGAGAGUUACGUUUCAACCGGUAGAGAUCUAACCUUGGAACACAUUCUUCGUCAAGGAAGUGCACUUUAUCCGAUAAGCUUCGUCCUACGUUAUGAAUUCGUUCAUGAGGCAACAUCCUGUAAUCACGUUUUUUCAAUGACGUCACCAACAUCCUCGUCUUCCACAUCAUCGUCAUCCUCAUCAUCAUCUUCAUCGUCUUCGUCUUCGUCUUCGUUAUCGAUUGUCUCGAACUUUGGAAAGUUCACAUCCCCUAAGAGCGUGUUUCUCUAUGGCCGAGGUGGCAUGCAAAAUCUCAGCUGUAUUUACAGAUUCGAGUCCGAGCCCGAACAUAGAAUAGAGUUAUCCAUUGACAGAGCUUCCUUCGGUGAUAAGAUCUGUACCUCUUACAUUGAUCCACUCGUCAAUCGAUGGACUUGCGAUAGACGUAUUGGCGAGCCAAGAAAGUUUGGUAUAGCUGAACUCGUCAUUGCUGAGUAUCCUUGGCAAGAGGUUGAAUUGGUACGCGAUUGUUUAUGCUCGAACGUCAGCGAAAGGAUCGUCUUGAGGAGUCUAACAUCUAACAUCAUUGAAAUUAGAUUUACGGUGACAUUGAUGAACGUAACGCAAGACUACAGGGAUUACUUUUUCGAAGGGCAAUAUCGGUUCGUUCCAAUGAAUACGGAAAAUAGUGAACAGAGUUGCUCGACGAAACUGGAAGAGCGUCGAUUGCGUGGUACCAGCGGUGAAAUAUCACUUAGAAGUCCCUUACCACGUGUAAUACCUGGUGUCGCCGCGGUCGAGGAAAUUCUAACGAAUACAGAAGACCUAACGGCAACCCAAUGCGUGAACGAACCCUGGUUGAUAGAGCCCGAGGAUCCACGUAUGAACUUUCUAUAUUUACGAACCGCUGGUUAUAGCAUUAAUCUUGACAACGUUGAAGAAUGUACGACUCUCAAUCGAAUAAUCGUAUAUUCAGCGGCAAAUACCAAAGAACGUAGUGUUAUAUGUCCAGAGGGUGGCGUUGACACCAGCCGAACCGUCGACUUUUUCUCCGGUGGUUGGAAUUACAGCGCAGUUAAUGCUACCAUUGCAAUGCAACAACAUUCGAGAAGCUUCGUCGUUGAAUUCCUUCAAAGAGAACCGGGCUUUUAUGCCGUUACUUGGAUGGCUAUCUCGAAACGAUCGUCCAACGUUGGUUUUACCAUGUCACCUAUGGAGGAAUGUCCUUAUAGGUGCCCGGAAAUUCAAGCGUGCAUCAACCAGGUCCUUUGGUGUGACGGUGUACGUAACUGUCCAUCCGGUUUCGACGAGGAGGAAGCCAACUGUUCGUAUCGUUUCGGUGUAACAUUGCUUUACGUCGCCGUUGGUGCCGGUGCCCUCGGUAUAUUCCUUAUCCUUUUAUUGGCGACCGGUUGUCUUAAGUAUUGCUUAUAUCGUCACAAAACGCGAAAGAAGAAGAAAAAUGCUGCGCUCAAUGUAAAUCAUCACGUCAAUCACACUCACCAUAAUAACGGUUUGACUGGGAGCAGAUUAAGCGGACGUUACAAUCUUCCGACACCGCAGGAAAUGUAUUUGGAGAAUUACGGGAAGGAUAGUAUUUGUUGACAAUACGCCAUUACCAAUAUCGAGACCACCGUGUGAAUAGUUUGGAUUUUUAAUCUGCCUACCUCGCUGAGAUAGAACGCGUAAAAGAGAAUUAUCAAUGGAUGAUAAACGAAGAGGGAAGGAGAGAAAAAGAAAAAGAAAAAAAAAGAAAAAAAAAAAAAAGAGAAAAAACAAACGAACGAACGAAUAAAAACGAAAAAAACGAAAAUGAAAAGAUUAUUGACGAUGGAUAAAUGAAAAUUAUCGACGGACUAUUAUCGACAAAUACGCGCUAAGAGGAGUUCUGCUGCGUUGUUUCAUUCUUUAUGAAUACUUUUUGAAAUCUGUUCGACGCUCGAACAAAUCUGAAUGUACCAAACACACGCAACAAUGACUUUUUAGAACGUGCUCGUUUCGUUAACCGGAUCUAACAACAUCCGAGAAGUGUAUGAAAAACGCGAGAAUUCUUUUUUCUUUUCUUUUUUUUCUUUUUUUUAGUUUUUCUUUUAUCUUUUUCUUCUCUCUCUCUCUCUCUCUCUCUCUAUCUCUCUCUCUCUUUUUCUCUCUCUUUCUCUCUCUCUCUCUCUCUCUCUCUCUAUCUAUCUAUCUAUCUAUCUAUCUCUCUUUUUCUUUUUCUUUUCUAUUCUUUUUUUUUUUUUAAUUAACGUGCUCCCUCUGGCAAUACAAGGGUAGCCAGGAGAUAAGAAUUUCAUCGAUCGUCAAGAAAAACGUCGUCCUACUUGUCGAGCUCAUCUCUCGCAUUAGUCUUACUCUCGCGAUAGAGACCGACCAAGUUCCAUUAUCCUCAGAAAAGAGGAUUAUUAUCCGUGAGCUACGACGGUAAAUUUAAAUACGCGCGUAUUUUUAGUAAAUAAUAAAAGCGAGCUGCAAAAAGUGAUGAUCAGGAGGGGGGGUAUUAGCGUGAAUUUCUGCUUUUUGCAAUAAAAUCGAAAGCUGCCAGAAGAAAGAGAUAGAGAGAGAAAAAAAGGAAAAAAAAAAAGAAAAAAAGAGAAAGAGAGAGAGAGAGAGAGAGAGAGAGGAAGAGAUAAAGAAAGAAAGAAAGGGAACGAGAAAGAAGAGCAAGUUUUUUUUUUAUAUCUCGUUCUCUAAAUUUGCGAAGAAUGUCUUUUUUGAUAAAAAUAAAUGAAAGAAAAAAAAAAAGGAAAAAAAAAGAAAAGAAAAUAAAAGGACUCAAAACAAGCGUAUCAUCUCGAACGACCAAGAAAAAAAAAAAAAAAAGAAAAAACAUGAAAGCCAUCUAACGCAGCUUUUUCUCAUUCACGCCUAUAGUCAUUGUGUCAUGCUUUUUCGAAUAAUAUCGAAAAAUAUAUUUUUCACUCUCGUCUUUCUCAUCUCUCGACAAGAAAAAAAAAAAAAUAAUAAUAAUAAAUAAAAAAAUAAACAAACAAAUAAACAAUUAAACAAAUAAGUAAAUAAAUAAAUGAAAGAAAGCUAAAAGAACGAAUGAACUUUUGUCGUGAUCCGUCGAUAUAGGACAUCAUUAUUUUAUCACGGGCGACCUUACGAAGGACACGCUCACACAUACAUAAAUACGUACACAUAUACCGCGCUAGCGUGCGUUCAUGAAAACGCGCAUCACACACACACACACACACCACACACACACACACAUACACACGCGCACAAAAAAACGUACAUGAUUCCUAUUAUACCUAAUCCAACUUUAUAAUCAUUUAAAGGCGAACGGUAUUAACGCAUAGAUAAAAAUCACACGUGUAAUCUAGGUUUGAUUAUCGAUCGAGCAAAGCUUGGACCGACCGGUAGAGUUGGAUGUAUGUAUAGUUGAAAUUAUUGUUUAAGAAAGAAAAGAUAAGAAAAAAAUAAAUGAAUGAAAAAAAGAAGGUAAUAAAAAAAAGAAAAAAAAAAAAAAAAAGAGAGAAAAAAGAAAAAAGAGAAGGAAAAAAGUUGAUACACCAUUCUCUCGUGUAUUCAUGCGCGAAGAAAAAAGGAACAAUACGACACAAAGGAGAACAAACGGACGAACAAAAAAAGGAGAAAAGAAAAAAAAGAAAAAUAUUUACAAUUAGUCCUGAUCGAAAAGAAGGACGAUCGGACUAUAACGAUUUAGCGGGCUAUGAUCGAAUGCUGUGAUAGAAGUAAGCGUAUCAACAAUCGCACAGGAAUUCCUUCGCGUGUUACUCCUCUCUUUGAUAUUUAAUGGAGGAGAACAUUCCGAUCAUCGUCGGAUAUGGAUAUCGAUCUUUCAAAUCCUUUUUCUUAUCUGAUCGUUAUCCAAUAAAAUAUAGGACACUUAUACAUAUAAAAAUAUAUUAAAUAUGUAUAUCUUUAGUGAAACUAUCGUCCAAAAACGAUCGCGAUCUCGUUCGGUGAACAUCGGAUUUGUAAAUCGAACGAGAGAAAAUUUCUCAUUUCCUCUUUCAUUUUUUUUUUCUCUUUUUUUUGUUUGUUUUAUUUUCUCUCUAUCUCUCUAUCUAUAUCUCUUCCUCUCUUUCUCCGUCUCUCUCUCUCUCUCUCUCUCUCUCUCUUCUUUAUUUUCUUUUUUUUUUCUUUCUUUAUUUUUUUUCUUCAUUCUAAAAAGAAAAAGAAAUAGGACGGUAUCCAAAAAAGUAUUGCAACUUUUCUUACUUACGUAUUUCUCCGCGGAGGAGAUUCGCGCAAUGCAUUAAAAAAAAAAAUGAAAAAAAAAAAAAAAAGAAAAAAGAAA